AAUUUCCCUCACCAUGCACGUUUUGAGGUUGGGGAAAUUUUUGAGUUUUGAUUUGAAUUGUCAAUUUUAGAAUUUGUCAGUGGCAAAGUAGAAGUCGAAGAAGUUAUUGUUUUUUAUUUUAUUUGCCAGUUAAAACGAAGUAUCCAGCAAAGUAAAACGUCGACGAUCUGUUUAGAUUAUUUGAAGAUAGCGAGAUCCUAACCUACAGCAAUUAUUAUCGGAAAGUGAAAGGAAUGCUCUAUAUUUUAGAGUUGCUGUGAAACAUUACUUUCAAUUGAAUCCUUAAUUGAAGAAAUUUGCAAAAGUGCUGCGUAUAAUUAUUAUACUCUGAGAAAAAAUGGGGGAUCACGAUCAUCAUGUACACGACAGUAGUUCACAUAUGCACCACAUGGACAGUAAUACGGACCACAGCGGUCACAUGGGUCACAUGGGCAACAUGGGUAGCAUGGAACACAUGGAGCAUGGUACGACUAUGGAUCAUGGUAGUAUGAUGAUGCAGAUGUAUUUUCGUUUUUCGACGAAAGAUACGGUGCUUUUCCAAGAUUGGCAUUUCGCUUCAGCUGGAGGCCUCAUCGGUUCCAUGAUUGGAAUAUUCUUCAUGGCUGCGCUAUACGAGGGCCUCAAAUACUAUAGGGAAUAUUUAUUUUGGAAAACCUACAACUCUUUACAAUAUAGAGCAGUGACGAUACCGGAUAAAAAUACGCCCCAAGAAGAAGCCCACGUAGUACAAAUGAUUGGUGAAGUCAUACAUAAAAAGUCACCGACGAUGAUGAGCUCGAUGCACUUUCUCCAGACGUUCCUGCACAUGGUACAGAUGAUAGUAUCGUACUUCCUCAUGUUGAUAUUUAUGACAUACAACGUUUGGCUAUGCAUUGCUGUUGUGGUAGGCGCGGGUGUGGGUUAUUUCCUGUUCGGGUGGAAGAAAUCGGUGGUAGUGGACGUUACAGAACAUUGCCACUGAUAAUAGAAUCGGGCAUUCAUAUUCAAUCAAUGAUAGGCCUUUAAGUUAGUAGUAAUAAAUAAAUGUAUUCUAGUGUAAGAUAAAACCCUACGUACAUACAUUUUGGAAGAAAGUCUACGAAACGAGAGUGCGCUACAUUUGAGAUGUCUCCGCUAACGAAAACGUUAACUAUUAAUUAGCUAUUAGUUAACUAAAAAGGUAACUGUUAGUUACCGCUAUGUGAUGAAUUAGUAUCGGGUUGUGGACUCGAGUUUUUGCAACUUUUCUUUCAACGCAUUUGUACAUAACGAGAUGUGUAAAAAUUAACAACUUGUACACUAAUUAAUAGAACAAUUUCAUUUGAAGUCGGUUUACAAAAAGAUCUUCCGAUUUUUGUAAAUCGUACUUUGAACACGAUGACAUUUGAAAAUUUUGUACUGUGUAAAAAAUUGUUUAGUCAAAUUUUGAAAAUUUAUAAAAUUCUAUAACAGUUUUGUGGCGAUUCGAGGCAGCCAAUUAACUUUGAGUUGAAUUACAAUAACAUCGUAACUUUUCGGAUAAAUGUACAGAAGUCUUUAACGAAAAUGUUAUUCAGAUAAUUGGUUUUUCUGCAGAGAAAUCGAAUCGUUAUCAUGAAGUAAAUUUAUACUCGGCCUCAUCAAAUUAAAAAAAAAUAUCACCUUUUUAUAAUUGAGCUUCAAGAUAAAUAUUAAGACUGAACUGUUUUUAUGUAAUUAUUUUAAAGAUUUAAGCGUAUUUUUAUUGGCUCCGUCGCACGUAUCACCAAUAUUUGGCUUUCCAGUUCAGUGACAAUACAGUAAUGCCCUUUUUGUUUGUUUAUCAUAUUUUUAAGUUUAUUGUUUUAUUUUCGUGAAGAGCCGCGUAUCCAACAGCCGUAAUGCGCGGCUCUUUCGUUAUAUUUUUUUUAUUAGAUUAAGUGAGAUUUUAAAUAACAGAAAAAAUAUAAAUACAUCUUAACGUUUCUUGAUUUUAAUGUUUUUAUUGAGGAAACGCUUUACACAUUGCUUUAUUUCUGAUAGAAAAAGGGUUCAUUCAAGUUUUGGGGCAAUUAGUUUUGUUUAAUGAAAUAUAUAAAUUUA